GAGAGGGAGCCGCUGUCUGCCUCCUCUCCGGUGCUGCUUCCUCCCCGUCGCUGCAGUGCUUUGCUGCUCUCUCCUAUCUCUCUCUCUCUCUGUCUUUCUCGCUUUCGUACCCAGCGCCUCGCCUCUUCCUCCUCCUCCAUCUCUUCCACAACCUCCUCCUCCCUCCUCCACUUCCCCGCCUAUGUCUCAGGCUUGCACCCCCGGCAAAUGGUCGCUCCAUCCCCAGCAACUCUGGACACAGGACGCAGCGGAAAAGGCGCACCGAUCUGUUCUGAUCUGAUCUGAAGCACGCUGCGGAUUUGACUUGAAAGAGAGGCGGACCAAGGGGGCAGAGAGGAAACAAGGAGACGCCGGUCGCUGAUUAGUGGCCAGGAUCUAAUUUCGAAAUGCCUGUGCCGGAUCAACCAGCGGAGCAGGAGAAGGGGGCCAUGGUCCCCCCUGUGAUGCCAGCCUCCAACGGAGACAGAUCUGAGACAGAGACGACCUCCUCCAUCCUGGCCUCUGUCAAAGAGCAGGAGCUUCAGUUUGAACGCCUGACUAGGGAACUAGAGGCUGAGCGUCAGAUUGUCGCCACCCAGCUGGAGAGAUGCAAGCUGGGAUCAGAGGCGGGAAGCAUGAGCAGCAUAAGUUCGACAGAUGAGCAGUUUCGCUGGAACGCUCAAGCGGAUGGACAAAAGGACAUUGAGGAUGAACUGACCACAGGGUUGGAGUUGGUGGAUUCGUGCAUUCGCUCUCUCCAGGAAUCAGGAAUACUUGACAGUGGGGAACGACCGGCUCUUCUUUCCCAGAGUUCCUUGCAGCUCAACUCCACCCCUGAGGCUUCGCUCCAGUACUCUGCCAGCUACCAUAGCAACCAGACCCUCGCCCUUAGCGACAGCAUCUCCGCAGCAACUCCUCAGCGCAGCGGGCAGGUUGGAGGAGCGGUGCACAGCUACAACCAGGUGACAUCCAACCGUGCAGCCCAGCAGCAACCAUCACAAACUGGAGCAGGGUCAGGUAUCUAUUACUCCAGCUCCACCUUACCCGCCCAGCGUGUCAGUUCCCCUCUGUCUGGAGGCUCAGGAUCCGGUUCCCCCAGUAAACUCCAACGCCUGGGAUCAUCCUCCGACACACCGGGGUACUCCACCACUCAGCGCCUGCCCUCCUCCUCCUCUCCCAGCAAACAGUCUCCUUCUAAUCGACUGGCCAAAUCAUACAGCACUACAGUUGCUGUGACAACAGCAGGAGGGGGAGGGUCUCCCCUGAGGGUUGCAUCUCCACCCAACUCUACAGCAUCAGGGGGAGGGGCCGGCUCAUCACUGUCCCCUCUGCACCAGAUGAGUUCAGGCAUAGGGAGCUAUGCCACUCUGUCCCCCAAACGGCUGGCAGCUCACCACGCCUCUGACCAGUACAAGAUCUCCCACGAGCUCUACGCAACAGCUACACUGCAGAGGCCUGGCAGUCUAGCAGGUUCUCGUGGCUCCUACAGUAGUCAGCACAGUCAGGAGCCCCUCCGGCCCUUGGGGUCCCCAGAGCACCACAUAGAUCCCAUCUAUGAAGAACGUGUCUACCACAACAAGGGCCCCAUGAGGAGUCUCAGCCAAAGCCAGGGGCCCGACACUGGGCCUUAUCGCAACAACACCGCUCCCUCCUCCCCUGGUGUCGACUCCGCCCCUUUGCAGCGCACAGGAAGUCACGGCACAGCGUCAGGGAACUACAGCCGUGGCGGGAAUAACAACUAUGCCACAGUGGGACCGGGCUAUACGAGCGGAGGCAGCGGAGACUUGUAUGGUUCAGACCCCUAUGUGGCGGACCCCUACCGCACCCUGCAGUACUGUCCCUCGGUGGUGGAAUCACCCUACAGCAAGUCUGGACCUGCUCUGCCGCCAGAAGGCACCCUGCAGCGUUCCCCCUCCAUUGACUCGAUUCAAAAAGACCCCAGAGAGUUUGGGUGGAGAGAUCCGGAGCUGCCAGAGGUGAUCCAGAUGUUACAGCACCAGUUCCCAUCGGUACAAUCCAACGCUGCAGCGUACCUACAGCAUCUCUGCUUCGGAGACAACAAGAUCAAAGCUGAGAUCCGCAGACAGGGAGGCAUCCAGCUGCUGGUCGACCUCCUGGACCACAGGAUGAGCGAGGUUCACCGUAGCGCCUGUGGAGCACUGAGGAACCUGGUGUACGGCAAGGCCAACGAUGAGAACAAAGUCGCCCUGAAGAACUGCGGAGGGAUUCCCGCCUUGGUCCGUCUGCUGAGGAAGACUGGAGAUGUGGAAAUCAGAGAGCUGGUCACAGGUGUGCUGUGGAACCUGUCAUCCUGUGAUGCUCUGAAGAUGCCGAUCAUCCAGGACGCCCUUGCCGUUCUGACAAACAGCGUCAUCAUACCCCACUCCAGCUGGGACUCCUCCCCGACUCACCAUGAUGACCGCAAGCUCCACCUUCAUACCUCCCAGGUGCUGCGUAACGCUACAGGCUGCCUCAGGAAUGUAAGCUCAGCAGGUGAGGAGGCGAGACGGAGGAUGAGGGAGUGUGACGGGUUGACAGAUGCUCUGCUAUACGUCAUCCAGACCUCUCUGGGCAGCAACGAGAUCGACAGCAAGACUGUGGAGAACUGUGUUUGCAUCCUGAGGAACCUGUCGUACCGCCUGGCUGCAGAGACAUCCCACGGCCAGCAGGGGGGGCUGGAGGAGCUGGACAGCCUGCUGUGUGAUGCCAAUGGACGGGAUGGCGAGAGCUCUGGCUGCUGGGGCAAGAAGAAGAAGAAAAAGAAGGGGGCGGAUCAGUGGGACGGCGUGGGCCCCUUUCCAGACACGACAGAUCCUCCCAAAGGGGUUCAGAUGCUGUGGCACCCCACCAUCGUCAAGCCCUACCUCACCCUGCUGUCCGAAUGCUCCAACCCUGACACACUUGAGGGAGCAGCCGGAGCUCUGCAGAACCUGGCUGCAGGCAGCUGGAAGUGGUCGGUGUACAUUCGUGCCGCUGUGCGUAAGGAGAAAGGCCUUCCCAUCCUGGUGGAGUUACUGAGGAUAGACAACGACAAGGUGGUGUGUGCCGUGGCCACGGCUCUCAGAAAUAUGGCCCUCGACAUCAGGAACAAGGAGCUUAUUGGUAAAUACGCCAUGAGAGACCUGAUCCAUCGGUUACCAGGCAGCAGCAGCAGCAGCAACAACAACGCCACCAGCAGUGGGACCUCCGGGACCACAGGCCCUCCUAGCAAGGCCAUGUCCGACGACACUGUUACUGCCAUCUGCUGCGCGCUACACGAAGUCAUCACCAAGAACAUGGAGAACGCCAAAGCCCUGCGUGAUGCUGGUGGGAUAGAAAAACUCAUCGGCAUCGCCCGCAGCAAAGGAGACAAACACUCAGCAAAGGUGGUGAAGGCAGCCUCUCAGGUCCUCAGCAGCAUGUGGCAGUACAGAGACCUGCGCUCACUCUACAAGAAGGACGGUUACUCCCAGUAUCACUUUGUGGGCUCCGCUUCAACGAUAGAGAGAGACAGACAGAGGCCCUACUCCUCCUCACGAACCCCCUCUGUCUCCCCUGUGAGGACGUCACCAAAUAACCGCUCUGCAAGCGCUCCAGCCUCCCCCAGAGAGAUGAUGAGUCUGAAGGAACGCAAGAUGGACUACGAUUCCACGGCAACCAACGCCGGUUUCCAUAGCAACAAAGGAGAGCACACAUCCCGGAAAGACGGCAUGGCAGUUCAAGUUUCCUGUGGCACAUCCACAUUGUUCCGGAAUUCCUACCUGACCGCCAGUGAUGACAUCAAGCAGAACCAGGCUCCAGCUCAGCCCUGCAUCGUGCCUCCCCAGCCCCAGCAGGACAGCCCAUCAGCAUCGGUGCUAAAAGACUACGACCCCUACCCUCCCCCUCCUUCCUUCCCCCAGCCUCAGCCGCCGCAGCCCCCGCCUCACAGCCAGAGCCGGAGCUUCGACGAUGUCUACUAUGAGGACCAGGGACCUCCGCUUCCCCCUCCUCAGCCUCAGCCACAGAUCCAGGUGCAGGCCCAGCCUCAGGCUCAACCCCAGCAGCCUCCAGCAUCCGCUGGACCGCCCCGGGACCCACGGGAAGACCUGCGCAUGCACCUGGGCCUCAAAUCCACGGGCAACUACGUAGACUUCUACUCGGCCUCUAGGCCGUACAGCGAACUGAACUACGAGACCAGCCACUACCCGGCCUCGCCCGACUCCUGGGUCUAGUUAGACUAUGAUGAUGGGGGGGUGAGGGAGAGUCUGUGUGUGCGUGUGUGAAAGGGAUUAUUUUUGCAAGUGUUCAACAGCAGAUUAACACAAGGUGACAGCGAGUGGCAUGAUGAAACAGAAAAAAGGGGGACAACAGAAGUAGACGGUGUUAAGAAGUGAAGACAGGUCGAGUGACAAAGAGAGACUGUGCAUGUGCAUGCCAACAUUUUCCUUUUUUUUCCCAGACAGCUUUAUUUCCUCAAAGUCAGCUCCAUUGCACAGACGAGUGGAGAGGGUGGGAGUAGAUACGGAGAAGAAGAGUGUUUGAAAGGUGAUGGAGGAGUGGGCCGGGAAAUACAGAUAGAGAGGGAACGAGCAGGUGGAGAGAGUGCGCAGAGAGGAGGAGAGAGAUGGGAUCAAGAAGUAAUUGGGGAGCGGAUGAGGGUGAGCUCUUACUCUGAAGGAGCAGGAGGUGGCCUGACCUUUUGUUGAAGACAAAGAGGAAGAGACAAGGAUGGCGUGAGGGUUCUUGAGGAGGUCAGAAGGAAUAAAAGCACAGAUAAAGAUGAAAGCACACGAGGCACAAGGCAAGAAGUGGGUGUUUACCAUUUCACCUGAGUGACAAACGUAGCACUGCUUCUCUCCUUCUUUCUUUUGGUUGCGAUAGCCUUGCCGCCGACGGAGGCUUCUUCAUUUGUUUUCAAGGAAUGUCAUCUUCUGCAGACUUUUUUUCUUCAUUCUUUACAUCUUCUUUUAUUUGUACUUUUGUAAAUUUUCACUGAAAAGAAGCAUUUUUAUUUUGUGUACAGUUCAAAGGUGAUAUAGUGUGUAUAUUACACAUGUUUUUGAUGGGGCCACUUGUCACACUUGUUUUUUUCCACAACCUACAACUGACUAAAAUCAACAAACAGCAACAACGAUGAAUCAAACAUGCGAACAAAAGACGCAGAACACAGGACAUUUUUCUGGAUGGUUGUCAGUGGACACCUUUGUUUUGACUCGAGGAAACCCUGCAAGUGUUUGUGUCUUUCUCUCUCCAUCAGUGAAUUUUGUUGUGGACACACUUAGACGUAAAGAGCAGUCCGAGGCUGCCACGGCACCAGAUUGGCAGAGCAGUAUUGCUCCUGAGUCCUCGUCAACAAAAGUGCUUUUCACUGCCGAAAGAAUCUCUGUGUAUGUUUAAAGCACACUCUCUGUCUUUGGAAAGGGAUGUUUCCUCCUUUUUCAGGAGCUGAUAUGUUUGACCAUGUCAACUUUAAGUGUUUUUUCAUCCUCACUUGUGCAUAGAAACUGGUCCAUCCAACAAGAGCCGCCGUGAGCAUUGUACAUCACAGUGUACAGUCCAAAAAGGAACAAAGGAGAGACAUUGUGCCAAACUUUGACACCUCAUGGGCCAGUCCUGUGAGACUUUAAAGGGACAUUCUGUCGAAGUUUACAGACAAUGACUGGAUGACUCCCUCUGCUGUUUGUAACUUUGAUUUUCUUGUGUUUUAAUCAGGUGAAGUUGACUUAUUGCUGGGGAUCAUGGGUAACAUCUCCCUCCCAUAGAUGUACAGACCUGCCUCUCUGUGUUGGCUGAGAGUGUGUGCGUGUGCGUGGGUGUGUGUCUGUGUGUGUUUGGGGACAGAAGCGUGUGUGUGUUUGUGUAUGUGUAGGUGUGCAUGUAUGUGACAGAAUGUGAGGCCCGUGUGUGUACACGUAAACCUGAGCGAGCGUAUCUAUGCAUGCAUGUGUGUAGUAGUGUGCGUAUGCCUCCGUUGCGUGUAUGUGCGUGUGCGUUCCUGUAUAAAUCAGUGUCCAAACAAGGCAUUCCUACCGACAGUUUGUCCAGUUUUACAACAUGAGCAACCAAGGUAAAAAUCACUAGAAUGAAUUGUUGAUAUAGAAUGACAAAUCUAUGAAUAUAUGAAUAUAAAUAUAAAUAUAUAUAUAAUUUUUAUGUGCAGAUGUCAGUGUCACUAAAUGCAACAAAUGUUCGCAGAGAAAAAAUGAUUAUGUGAUGUACAACAGGACUCUUGUUCACUUGACCUAAACGUGGAAGCUGCUGAUCAGGCCCCCCCUCCCCUCCCAAUCAAGACAAAAGAGAAACCCCACCUGAAGACGCUCAGGCUCUGGUGCGAGUUGUGUGUUAUUGUGUGUCCAUGCUUCUUAGAUGACCCUGCUGAGAGAGGACCGUACUUGAACACAAGGAAAAAUAAAAAGACUCUUUGCAAUCAAA